UUUAAGUUACGUAUUAAUCUUUUGUCUUUUUUUUUUUUUUUCUUUCAUUUUUAAGAUUUAAUUUUUGUAUAAAUAUAAGCAAAAUGAAAUCAUUCAUUUGUUACGUUACUACUUUAAUUUUGUUAAUUUUUCAAACAAGAGCUAUACAGCUUAACAGCGUAAGUUCCUUCCCUAAUUCCUAUGUUGAAAUUGCUGAUAAAGUAUCCACAUCAGUUUCAACAGAAUGGAUAAACCAUUUAGAUUCAUUCAUAGAUCUUGUAUCUACAAAAAUAGUUGAUAACAUUGAAAACGAAAUAUCAAAUACUAAUAAUGAUAAAUUGACCCAUUUGGUAGCUCUUCUUGAGAAUGACGCAGACCUUUUCGAUGUUGAUUCUUACCAAAAUAAAGACUUGUCAUUUAUUGAGAACGAGUUUUUCUCAAAGCUAAAGGAAAAAUUUAAUAACAGUAAAUUCGGUCAACAUAUUAAAAAAUUGAAAGCAAAUGCUAAGGAAAAACUGAAAGAACUUUAUGCGAAACAUAAAGAUAAACUGAAAAGAUUUUUCAAAAUUAUGCUUACUACGUUAGUUAUACCAGUAGCUAUUAAAUAUAUUAAAAAACACUUGAAUCAAUGGAGGCAGAAAACCUUAGAUGCCACAAAAAAAUUAGAUCCUGAUACAAAAAAAAUCACAGUACCAGUUAUCACUGCUAUAUAUGAUAAAUUUGGAGAACAAAUCGAUAAAUAUGCUGAAAAAAAUGGUGUCAAUUUUGAAAAAGAAAAUGAAGGACUUAAAGAAUUAUUACAGGAUAAACAAGAUAUUGAAAAAAUCGAAAGACAAGAAGCCCAAUUAUUAUAUACGAAGAAGUAGGAUUUAAAAUUUAAAAAGAUUUAAUAUACACAUGAAAAAAAAAAAGAAAAAAAAAAGGUCGGUUUAUAAGUGAAAUUAUAU